AUGGACAGAUUCAAGAUACUGUUUGUAAGCUGCACAACAAUUAGAAGAGGAUGGGAAUUACUGAAAAUAGAAACUGAGUAUCUUUCAACAAAGGUCGAAUAUGCAAAGUUGAAAUUUGAUAGGAAAAAGAAUAAGUUGCAAUCCCUUCUUGUUCAGCAAUAGUAUUAUUACCAUACUAUGUCCAUGAAGGACCUCAUGGAAUUGAUAAAUACAGAGCUGAAGUAUUUCAGUUUGGCAUGAUCGUAUCUAAUGGUAAAAUGGACUCCUUAUUCAACCCUAGAGCCUGGGUAUUAUGAAGUAUUUCAGUUUGGCAUUAGAAUCGAGAAUCUGAUUCUCUGUGAUUAAGUCAAUAUCCAAUUCUUUGGAUUUGAGAACUUAAACUAUUGUCCAAAUGGCAGAACCUAUUCAAUUUAAAUUUAUUGA